AUGGAGUGGAUUGGUGUGAUUGUGUGGGGGAUAAUUAGGGUUUCGUUGGUGGUUUUGUUGGUGAGAGUUGUAUUUUCAUGGUGGAUUUUGCCGGUUUUGGCUCACAGAAAGCUCAAGCGAAACGGCUUUAAUGGAGGCCCUCCUCCAAGAUUCCCUCUCGGAAAUAUUACUGAGAUCAAGAACACGAUGAAGAAAGCUGCUGCUUCUGCAGCCGCCGCCGCCAUUAAUGGCGGUGCAGGCGCUUUUAGUUCAUCAUCAAAUAUCUCCCACGAUAUUCAUUCCACUGUUUUCCCUUACUUCGCUCAAUGGCAGACCUCUUAUGGGAAGAAGUUUGUGUAUUGGUUGGGGACAGAGCCAUUUUUGUACAUAGCAGAGCCGCAGUUUGUGAAGAACAUGUCUGAAGCAGUGAUGGGAAAGGGCUGGGGGAAGCCGGCGGUCUUCAGAAACGACAGAGAGCCGAUGUUCGGCGACGGCCUCGUCAUGACUGAAGGCGACGACUGGAUUCGCCAUCGCCAUAUACUCACCCCCGCCUUCAACCCAGCUAACUUGAAGGCAAUGACAAGGCUGAUGGUGGGGUCCACCACUAAAAUGCUGGACGAGUGGGCCCGCCGCUUGAGCUCCGGCGGCCCAGAGAUGGACGUGGAGAGAGAAAUAACGGCGACCGCCGGCGACAUAAUCGCGAAGGCGAGCUUCGGAAUAUGCGAUCGGAGCGGCAGAGACGCGUUCAACAAGCUCAGAGAUCUCCAAUUCACUCUCUUCCGGAACAGCAGCUACGUCGGCGUCCCGUUCAGCAGCAUUUUCCUGUACCCGACCCGAACCCUGACCGCGAAGAGACUCGGAUCCGAAAUCGACCGCCUCUUCUUGUCGAUCAUAUCGGAGAGGAAGCAAUCGCCGGACGCCUCCGCCUCCGAUUUGCUCAGUAGGUUGAUUGAGAGUCAGAGGAACGAUAGCGCCCCCGCCGCCGGAAAGUCGUGGCUGACGACGAGAGAACUGGUGGACGAGUGCAAGACGUUCUUCUUCGGCGGCCACGAGACGACGGCGCUGGCGAUUAGUUGGACGAUGCUGCUGCUGGCGACGAGGCCUGAGUGGCAAACCAUUUUACGAGAAGAGAUCAAAGAAGUUAUCGGAGAUAGAGAGAUCGAUUUCGCCAUGCUUUCUCGACUCAAAAAGAUGGGAUGGGUGUUCAAUGAGGUACUUAGGCUAUACCCAUCAGCCCCAAACAUACAAAGACAAGCCAAAGGAGACAUUAAAGUAGGCGACACGACGAUCCCGAAAGGAACCAACAUAUGGAUCGACAUCGUAGCGAUGCAUCACGACCCGAGCCUUUGGGGCGAUGACGUGAACGAGUUCAAGCCCGAGAGGUUCGAGAAGGACAGCAUUCAUGGCGGGUGCAAGCACAAGAUGGGAUAUUUGCCAUUUGGGUUUGGAGGGAGAAUGUGCAUUGGUAGAAACUUGUCUUCCAUGGAGUAUAAGAUUGUGCUAACCCUAAUUAUUUCUAGGUUUUCUCUCUCUAUUUCUCCCUCUUAUUCUCAUUCUCCUGCUAUUUUGCUCUCUUUAAGACCUGCCCAUGGCCUCCCUCUCAUUCUAAAACCCCUUCACCCUUAA